AUUAGUGCAGGAGACAGCAAAACACCCAUCUGGCGAUCAUGAAGUCAAGAGCAUUUCACCUGCUGAUGCUCUGCUGUUUUAUCAGUGUCUGCAACCUGCAUCCACUUAUUCGUCCUAAUAAUGGACUGCGAUUGUGCCGCAAAAACUCAAGUUUGACAGCACUGGAGGUUCUACCAGGCGGAGGAUGGGAUAACCUGCGCAACAUAGACAUGGGCAGAGUGAUGAAUCUGAGCUAUUCUCAGUGUCAGACCACAGAAGAUGGAGUCUAUCUCAUUCCAGAUGAAGUCUUUGUCAUUCCACAAAAAGUGAGCGGAGUGGAGACAAACUCAGAGAUCAUCAUGUCGUGGCUGGAACAGAAAAGCUCAACUUCAAGCUCCGUUAAUGCUGAUGUUUCCUUCUUCUCAGUACUCAAUGCAAAAUUCUCCACAGAAAACCAGCGCAUGAAGACCCACCAAGUGAAAGAGGGUUCUGUUACAGCACGGGUUCAAGUCCGUAACCAUCUGUACACAGUAAAGGCGUAUCCUGACUUCACUCUGGACUCCCGCUUUGCAAAACAGGCAGAAGAAAUCGCUGACGCCAUUGAAAACAAUCAAACACGUCAUGCUAAUUAUUUGUCAGAGAAACUCGUACUUGAUUACGGCACCCAUGUCAUCACAAGUGUUGAUGCUGGAGCCACAUUGGUGCAAGAAGAUUAUUUAAAAAUGUCUUAUAUCUCCAACAGUCAGUCAGACAAGUCUUCUGUUUCAGCAUCAGCCGGCGCUAACUUCUUUGACAAAGUUAAAUUUGAUAUUGGUGGGAAUACCUCCCAAGGCAGCUCUCAAAGCAGUAGUUAUCAGGGCAACAUCACCUAUUCUUUAAUUCAGAGCCACGGAGGAGCUUUAUUCUACCCAGGCAUCACUCUGCAGAAGUGGCAACAAAGUACGCUCAAUAAUCUGGUGGCAAUUGACCGCUCUGGGCUGCCGCUGCACUAUUUUCUUAAUCCAUCAACAUUCCCAGACCUCCCAACACCAACAGUGAACAAAUUGGCUUCAACAGUGCGUAAAGCAGCAGAGCGUUACUAUAAAGUGAACACCAUUCCAGGUUGUGUAAAUGUGGAUUCCCCAAACUUCAACUUUCAGGCAAAUGUAGACGAUGCAUCUUGUGAGGGUCCGAUCACCAAUCUUAGCUUUGGUGGCAUUUACCAAAGAUGCACUCCACUGACUCCAGAUGGAAACAUCAUCUGUGAUGAAACAGCACAGAAAAACCCAGCCACCGGUGGUUAUUCUUGCCCUCAACAUUACAACACCACCUUGUUACACUCUGAGAUAGUGGAAAAAGGCUUUAAUCAUUAUGAAUGCCACACCCACUGCCAUUCCUGUGGUUUCUUAGGGUUGUCUACUUGUUGUGACAAAACAUGUGGUGAUUCUUACCACGUCCGUCGUGCUAAACUUGAAACGCUCUGGUGCUCUUCAACACAUAAAACCCCUGAGAACUCUGGAUAUCUCUUUGGAGGUCUGUUUGGACCAGGCAUCCAAAACCCAUUGACCAAAUCCAGCAGUUGUCCUCCAAGUUACUUCACCCAACGCUUCUUGUCUAAUGGCAUGAUGAUUUGUAUGAGCAAUGAUUAUGAGAUUGGAACAAGAUUCUCAGUGCCAUUUGCUGGGUUUUUCAGUUGUCAAUCUGGCAACCCUCUUUCAAAUGGUCAAUCUCGCUGUCCGCCUCAGUUCAGCCAACAUCUCGCUGCCAUCAGUGAUGGCUGUCAGGUUUUGUACUGUGUCCAGUCUGGUGUGUUCAGUGGUGGUCAUUUAAAACCAGUUCGUCUUCCACCGUUCACAAGACCACCAGUGGUCGGCAUGAUUGCGACAAACACAGUGGCUGUAAUGACAGAAGGUGAGCGUUCUUGGGUGAGAGUUGGAGAGACUAAAAUGUGGCGAUUGGCAAAGCCUGGUGACAUUAAACAAAUGCAAUCAAUACUCGAUGCCUCUGAGAUGUCUGGAGGAAAAAAGGCUGGAGUAGCCAUUGGUAUAAUAGUCCUGGUUGCUCUCGUUGUCGCAGGCACUGUGGUUAUAAUGAAAAGAAGAAAUAGGUUCUCUAGUCUAAAGCUGAACAGAGGUUAUGAAGAGAUUAGUGAGGGACGAAAUGAGAGCAGUGUUGAGAUUGAACAAGAGCAGAAUGAAGCUGCAAAUGAAAACCCCAAUCAACAACUACUCUCAUAACAGUCGUUUUAAGAUCAACGUCCAGAGACUUAUAGUUAAACUUCAUAACAUUUUAAUGAAUAUUAGAAGUAUAGUGAUUACUAAAAGUUGUCUGAAUUGUCUAAAUGUUGUCUUGCUUUACAACCAACAGUUGAAACAAAGAAAAAAAAAAUGUUUCUAUUAAAUGUCUCUGUCAUUAUAAAAAUAUAAAAAUGAUUUAGUUAAAUAUGAGGAAAGACUGUAUAAAGUAUGUUUUACUACAUACGUGUAAGUGUUAUAUAUUUUUUGUUUUGAAACAAGUGUUCAUUACUCUGAAAUGAAUUAGUUUUGGGGAAUCUAUGAAUUAUAGGUUUAAACGCAAAAUUAUUUUCAAUGGAUUUAUACUUUUUUUCCCCAAAUUUAUGUAGAUCGGUGUGCUUUUUCUGACUAAUAAAGAGUUCUUGAGCAUA